AUGGACUCGGGAUCUUACAACAAUGUCCGCCGGGGUACGAACCCGCUCCCCCCAAUGUCGUCCACGCCUGACGCAUACAAGGCGAAUGUGAAUCGGACCAAGACGAAGAAAUGGGUCGAGGCAAAGAUGCAGAGCUACGAUGGUGACGACUGGGGAAACGAUUACGAUGACGAAUAUGACGAACCCGAGCCCGAAGAGCCUCCCCCUCCGCGAACGACGGGGUUUCGACAGCCAGGCCAGUCGUUAAUAGCGUCGCGAACCUUUUCCCAACCUGCCGCUGCGGAACCUCACAUGUCGACGUCUGGCUUCCGCAGCCCUAGCGGUCCAUUCUCUGUGCUACACACCAACUCUGCGCCCAUCGAUCCUUCACCUAUGUCGUCGGGUGCUUCUCCAGGAGGACGCCUGGAGUACCACCCCAUAACGUCCCCCUCGCCGCAAUCACGCAUGUCUCCGCCGCCUUCAGCACCGACGCCGCAACGAUUCCCCCCUCGCAACAGUAGUAUGAGCCGACAGGACGCACCAGAUAUGGGACGGGUGACUGCGGCCGGGUCUCGCCGUGGUUCGGCCUCGAGCGGUCGCCCCUGGAUGGAUGAACGAUCGGCAUCUCCCAGUCGAACCGCCGCCCCUCCCGAAAAGGCCUUGCCGUUUGUGAGGCCGUCCGAUAUAUAUCGGCGGAUGGAGGAGGAGAAGGAAAAGGAGCGCAUGUCGAUAGAGUCCGGAAGACCGAGCUUAGACAGCAUUCUUGGUCGGGGUGAGGGUACAUCGUCUCCGGCAAACGCCAUUCGCCUGGAACAACGACGGCGCACGAGUUUCGAAAGCCACGACGGUUCAGAAUCCACUCGCGGCCUGAAGCCAACUUUGGCCCCGGUGGCGGAAAGAAAGAGCGAAUAUGGCAUGGAGCGGCUAAUCGCAAACGCCGAGGGCGAUGUCUCUGAAACCCCGCCACCUUCUCAAGAGCAGCCACCGACGCAGCCUCAGUAUUUUCCACCACCUGCAGAGUCCGACCCGCAGGUUCAACUGGACACCGUAAACAGUGGGCGCAUUUCCACCAGCCCGAAAUUACCAGAUGUUGCGCGCAUGUCUGGAUUUGGCGACGACUUCUUCUCGACUUCGACACGGCGCAGUUCUCAAGGCGGCUCUCUCCAGGCCAUAGCGGAUAACCAAAAGACCUCCCCUCCUGAACUUGGGGUAGGCCUUUCAGACGCAACACCUGUCAAUCAAGAGAAGCAGCCUCCGAGUGUGUUGGAAGGACCGAGCCAUCAGCCAAACACUGACAUCAUAAUCCCCAUGACAAACGAAAAGUCACUGCCACAGAAGGACGAAAAUGUGGUGUCACGACAGCAACAAACGUCUCCUAGACCAACACUACCGGGAACUUGGGUGACAGAAACUGGGCCGGCAUGGUCUGAAGCACCAACACCGAUGGAGAGAUCAGAAGGUCUCGGACAGAAACCCUUGGCUAGUGUCCAACAAGCCAACGAGUCCCCCAGCACUGAGAGUGUCGAUGAACCAGCCGACAUGGAGACAACAACUGAAGUGAAGCAACAGUCAUCGGCACAUGACGAUGCUGUUGCUUCUCAAGCCAUGACUACUGAACCUAAUCACCAUCCUACUCCACAUUCUCUUCCACCUCUGAAGACCGAUGACCCGCUUGUACCGAACACAUUAGGGCAAAUUAGUAGGGGACCGCCGCUGCCUGUGUACCAAAGCUCUCCUGUCCAGUACUCCCCUUCCACCCAACCCACCGCAUCGGGACCAGCAUCUAAACCUAUCCCAACGGCGCCGUUGAACCCACUGAGAUCUGGAUCGAACAAGCCAGAUAUGGCAAUACCCACGUUGCAAGAACGAAAACCUACCUUAGAUACGGUGGGAACCGCAUCCCCAGAGAAGGAAAGCGACAAGCUAAGAGAAGAGAUCAUGAGGUCUUUGAGCGCGAGUCCAGCAACACCUGGUGCUACUGGUUUAUUGAAUCGAAUUGAUAGUGGCAAUGAGCCAACCCCAGGCGGGUUGACACGGGAGAGCACAUAUUUGUCGGGUGUCUAUGAUGAUUACCUAACACCCGCUGAAGAAAAGUCGCUUCAGGAGACGGGGCAAGCACAGAAACAGGAGUACAAUAUGGCCACCAACCACGGUCCGGAAGCCAACGCGACCGGCGUGUCUUCUGGGUCGACCCAGAAGGGAAUUUCCAUUGCAGACAUAGCACCGUUGAGCCCAAAGAAGAGUUCCCCGGAGCUGCAAAGCCAUCCUCUGCAAAAGCGAUUCUCUUGGGAACAAGGGCCAGAACGAGUCACAGCCGUUGAAGCGAAGCCAUCACCAUUCUUGCAAGGUACUCACACUGCCGACCAAGCCAACACGGGGACAACUCUCUCCCCGCAGCCGGGUGUUGCGUCACCCCCUACAGAUGGGUUGCAUGUGCAGACGGUGGGAUCUGGGACGCUUUCGCAUCAGGUCUCUCAAGUCAGCAGCCGCGCCCCAGAAGAUGGCCCGUUGGCGCAGCUCGAGCCCCCAUCUCCGAUAUCAUAUACGGGGGACAAGAGUCCCAAGCGCCCGCACGGCGGACCUGAGUCCUCGCAGUUAUCGCUUGCCGAAGAGAAAGAGCAAAUGCUGGACGAAGCCCAUCCUACAUCGUUGAGGUCUCCUGAACAACAUCCGGCCUUGUCCCAGGCGGCCGAGUCGCCAGUGCCUGUUCUCUCACCUCUCGCCCAAGAACCGGCGGCUCAAACAUCUCAACAGCCCAAGAUUUUGACAUUUCGGGAGAUACUCAACAUUGGCUCGACCGACCAGAGGAUCCAAAGCUUUGAGAAAGCACAGUCUCAAUUCUUCGUCAUGGAGUCUGGCUUGUCGAACUGGCUCAUGCACCUGCAGAACGAUGCAGAACAUGACGAUGCGACAUCGUCUGGAAGUCAGGCUGGGGGGCCGUUAAGUGUAGGACGAGCGUCACCCUCGGGAAUGCAGCGUGCGGCACAACAACCGUACUAUCAGCAGUAUCUCAACGCCAGCAACCCAGGCAAUGCAGUAUCACAACCUGGUCGAUCAUCGACUGGCAACCUGCAGCUAUCGGGACAGCAGGGCAGUACGUUUGGCUCUUCGGGUGGCCAAGUAGGAACUAAGAGCAAAGAGCUGCUCCAUGCGGCCGGAUCCUUUGGCACCAAGGGAGUGAAGUCGGGGAUGAAAUUGUUUAACAAGGGCAAGAGUAAAUUGCGGGAGCGGACAGGCGAGAAGGUGUUUUUCUGA